UCGUGCCGGACGUUGCGCGGCCGCGACGCUCGAGGCGGGCGCGGUCAGGCGCUCCGGGGUUCGCUGCAGCGCGCUGUGUCCAGCGCAGCUCUGCUAGACUUCAGCUGGUCUGCCGCGCAGAUUCUUUGACUUUGCACAUAAAGACCACUCUGUGUUCCCAGUAUAACAUGGCUUCAGCUUCAAGCAGUUCCACUGUUGGGAAAGGUGGCAGUUCAAAGCUAAAGUCCAUGAAGGUACUUGAGGUUCUGAAUGCAUUGGAAGAGGAGGGGCCCAGCCACAGCAGGGAAGAGAUCUUCAUUGCACCACCUGACAGUGCCUCAGGGGACUUCACUGAUGAGGACUCAGGUGACGAAGAUUCCCAGAGAGGCUACCAUCUGCCUGGUAGUGUGAUGCAUGCUUCUGUUGUGCCUGAAGACUCUGGCACUGAGGAGGAGGAUGUUGACUUGCAGCCACCACCAGCCAUGAAGAGGCAAAAAGCAGUAGUGGACCCUCAGCGUGUUUGGAUCAAAAGAGAUAUCCGACCCAACUUCAGCAAUUGGACUCCAUCAGAUCCUCACAUAGAGGAUCUCAAAAGCCAGGAAUUGAGUCCUGUAGGCCUGUUUGAGUUGUUUUUUGAUGAAGGAACUAUUAAUUUCAUUGUUAAUGAAACCAAUCGUUAUGCUUGGCAGAAAAAUGUCAACCUCGGGCUCACAGCCCAGGAAUUAAAGUGUGUUUUGGGAAUUUUGAUUUUAAGUGGGUAUAUAUCCUAUCCAAGGAGAAGGAUGUUUUGGGAAACAUCUCCUGAUUCACAUCAUCAUCUUGUGGCUGAUGCAAUUAGAAGGGACAGGUUUGAACUGAUCUUUUCAUACAUGCAUUUUGCAGAUAAUAAUGAGCUGGAUGAAAGUGAUAGGUUUGCCAAGGUCAGGCCUCUCAUUGUCCGGAUGAAUUGCAAUUUCCAGAAGCACGCACCCUUAGAAGAGUUCUACAGCUUUGGUGAGUCCAUGUGUGAAUACUUUGGGCACCGGGGAUCUAAGCAGCUGCCUGCGGGGAAACCCAUGCGGCUGGGCUACAAGAUCUGGUGUGGGACAACCAGCAGGGGCUAUCUGGUGUGGUUUGAGCCUUCACAGGGCACACUGUUCACUAAGUCAGACAGGGGCUUGGACUUAGGAGGCAGUAUGGUGGUAAAAUUUGUGGAUGCUCUUCAGGAGCGUGGCUGUUUGCCAUACCACAUAUUUUUUGACAAAGUUUUUACAAGUGUCAAACUCAUGUCCAUUUUGAGGAAAAAGGGGGUGAAGGCCACCGGAACUGUUCGUGAAUACAGGACUGAGCGAUGUCCCCUCAAAGAUCCCAAAGAACUUAAGAAAAUGAAGAGGGGUUCAUUUGAUUAUAAAGUUGAUGAGAGUGAGGAGAUUAUCGUGUGCCGCUGGCAUGAUACCAGUGUGGUUAACAUCUGCUCCAAUGCUGUGGGCAUAGAGCCAGUGGAGCUGACCGGCCAUCAUUCAGGAAUAGCCAAGACACGGACCCAGGUCCAUCAACCAUCCCUGGUGAAGUUGUACCAGGAAAAAGUGGGAGGGGUCAGCCGGAUGGACCAGAACAUUGCCAAGUACAAGGUGAAGAUCCGGGGCAUGAAGUGGUACUCAAGCUUCAUUGGCUAUGUCAUCGAUGCUGCCCUCAAUAAUGCAUGGCAGCUACACAGGAUCUGCAGCCAUGAUGCCCAGGUAGACCUCCUGGCCUUCCGGAGAUAUGUGGCCUGUGUGUACCUAGAGAGCAAUGCUGACAUGUCGUCCCAAGGGAGGCGAAGCAGACGGCUGGAAACUGAGAGCCGCUUUGACAUGAUUGGUCACUGGAUCGUCCACCAGGACAAGAGGACUCGGUGUGCCCUUUGCCACUCGCAGACCAACACCCGCUGCGAGAAAUGCCAGAAGGGUGUCCAUGCCAAGUGUUUCAGGGAGUACCACAUUCGGUGAUGCACAUUGGACAGAGGGAGCCCUGUGGAUGUUUGGUUUAUAAUGAAAUGUUUAUAGGGGCGCCUGGGUGGCUUAGUCGGUUAAGUGUCCGACUUUCGCUUAGGUCAUGAUCUCGCGGU